UGGCGCCCACCCGCCUGCAAGCCGCCCCUUCUGUCUUAUUGCUGGAUGCUCCGGCGGCCCGGCCGGCCUCCUCACACACAGCGGGGCAAUCAAGUUCGGCAAGAUGUCGGUGAAGGAGGGCGCGCAGCGCAAGUGGGCGGCGCUGAAAGAGAAGCUGGGGGCCCAGGACUCGGACCCCACGGAGGCCAACCUGGAGAGCGCCGACCCCGAGCUGUGCAUCCGGCUGCUGCAGAUGCCGUCCGUGGUCAACUACUCGGGGCUGCGCAAGCGUCUGGAGAGCAGCGACGGCGGCUGGAUGGUGCAGUUCCUGGAGCAGAGCGGCCUGGACCUGCUGCUCGAGGCCCUGGCGCGCCUGUCCGGCCGCGGGGUGGCCCGCAUCGCCGACGCCCUCCUGCAGCUCACCUGCAUCAGCUGCGUGCGCGCCGUCCUGAACUCGCAGCGGGGCAUCGAGUACAUCCUCAGCAACCAGGCCUACGUGCGCCAGCUCUCCCUGGCUCUGGACACGUCCAACGUGAUGGUCAAGAAGCAGGUGUUUGAGCUGCUGGCUGCGUUGUGCAUCUACUCGCCCGAAGGCCACAUGCUGACCCUGGACGCCCUGGACCACUACAAGACCGUGUGCAGCCAGCAGUACCGCUUCAGCGUCAUCAUGAAUGAGCUCUCGGACAGCGACAACGUGCCCUAUGUCGUCACCCUGCUCAGUGUGAUCAAUGCCAUCAUCCUGGGCCCCGAGGACCUCCGCACCCGCACCCAGCUGCGCGGGGAGUUCACUGGGCUGCAGCUGCUGGACGUUCUGACACGUCUGCGGGAUCUGGAGGACGCCGACCUGCUGAUCCAGUUGGAGGCCUUCGAGGAGGCCAAGGCCGAGGACGCGGAGGAGCUUCUGCGCAUCUGCGGCGGCGUCGACAUGAACAACCACCAGGAAGUCUUCACUUCUGUGUUUCACAAGGUGAGCUGCUCCCCAGCGUCCGCCCAGCUGCUGUCCGUGCUGCAGGGCCUGCUGUACCUGGAGCCCACCCUGCCCUCCAGCCAGCUGCUCUGGGAGGCUCUGGAGAACCUGGUGAACCGGGCCGUGCUCCUGGCCAGUGAUGUCCAGGAAUGCACCCUGGAGGAGAUGAUGGAGCGGCUUCUGUCCGUCAAGGGGCGGCCACGCCCCAGCACCCUGACCAAGGCCCACAAGAGUGUCCAGGCUGACCUAGGCCAGGGUCGGAGGGGCAGCGUGCCCCAAAACAGCGGCGCCCCCAAGGCGGGGGUGGGGGGCCCGAGGCCCGAGGCGGACCUCAGCAGCCUGCACGCCGUCGAGGACCUGGUUGCUCCACAGCUGAAGGCCCCAGCACCCCCACCUGCACCUCCACUCCCUGGUCCCACCACGGGGCCCCCUCCCCCACCCCCCCCACCUCCUCCUCCCCCCCCUCCCCCACUGCCAGGCCUGGGAGCCCCAGCGCCCCCACCUGCACCCCCACUCCCUGGCUCCACCGCCGGGCCCCCUCCUCCUCCCCCCCCUCCCCCACUGCCAGGCCUGGGGGCCCCACCCCCUCCACCACCCCCCCUGCCUGUCUCUGGCGGGGCCUUACCUCCUCCACCUCCACCGCUCCCGGGCACGGGGUGCCCGCCCCCACCCCCGCCGCCUGGCCUGGACGGGGGCCCCCCUCCACCCCCACCCCUGCCGGGUACCUCUGGCCCCUCUGCGGCGGGUGGCGUGGAGGAGGUCAUCGUGGCCCACGUGGGCCCCAGCCUGGGCUCCUCCGCCUGGGUCCCAAGCCACCGGUGCGUGCACGCUCCCACUGUGCGCAUGAAGAAACUCAACUGGCAGAAGCUGCCGUCCAACGUGGCGCAAGAGCACAGUUCCAUGUGGGCCUCGCUGAGCAGCCUGGGGGCCGAGGUCGUGGAGCCGGACUUCUCCAGCAUCGAGCGGCUCUUCUGCUUCCCCGAGGCCAAGCCCAAGGAGCAAGUGGCAGCCCCGGCCAGGAAGGAGCCCAAGGAGAUCACUUUCCUGGACUCCAAGAAGAGCCUGAACCUCAACAUCUUCCUGAAGCAGUUUCGAUGCUCCAACGAGGACGUCACUGCGAUGAUCCGGGCUGGGGACACCACGAAAUUUGACGUGGAAGUCCUCAAGCAACUCCUCAAGCUCCUCCCUGAGAAGCACGAGGUUGAAAACCUGCGCGCAUUCUCGGAGGAUCGGACCAAGCUGGCCAACGCCGACCAGUUCUACCUCCUCCUGCUGGGCAUUCCCUGCUACCAGCUGCGGGUGGAGUGCAUGUUGCUGUGUGAGGGCACGGCCGUCGUGCUGGACGUGGUGCAGCCCAAGGCCCAGCUGGUGCUGGCCGCCUGCGACAGCCUGCUCACCAGCCACCAGCUGCCCGUCUUCUGCCGGCUGAUCCUGAAGAUAGGAAACUUCCUCAACUAUGGCAGCCACACGGGGGACGCGGACGGCUUCAAGAUCAGCACGCUGCUGAAGCUCACGGAGACCAAGUCCCAGCAGAGCCGCGUGACGCUGCUGCACCACGUGCUGGAGGAGGUGGAGAAAAACCACCCGGACCUCCUGCAGCUUCCGAGGGACCUGGAGCAGCCCUCCCAGGCAGCGGGGAUCAACCUUGAGCUCAUCCGCUCGGAGUCCAGCACCAACCUGAAGAAGCUUCUGGAAAUGGAGAGGAAGGUGUCCUCCUGCAUCCCUGAGGUGCAGGAGCAGUACGCCCAGCGCCUCCAGGCCAGCAUCGAGGCCUCCCGGGCGCUGGACGAGGUGUUCCAGGCCAUCGAGCAGAAGAAGCUGCAGCUGGCCAGCUACCUGUGUGAGGAUGCUCAGCAGCUCUCCCUGGAAGACACGUUCAGCACCAUGAAGGCCUUCCGGAACCUCUUCCUCCGCGCCCUGAAGGACAACAAGGACCGGAAGGAGCAGGCGGCGAAGGCGGAGAGGAGGAAGCAGCAGCUGGCCGAGGAGGAAGCGUGCAGGCCGCGGGGCGAGGAUGGGAAGCCCGUCAGGAGGGGAGUCGGGAAGCAAGAGGACGUGUGUGUCAUCGAUGCCCUGCUGGCCGACAUCAGGAAGGGUUUCCAGCUGCGCAAGACGGCCCGUGGCCGAGGGGACGCGGAGGGGGGCAGCAAGGCGGCUGCCGGAGACCCCCUGAGGGACAAGGCGCCUGCGGCCACCAGAGACCCUGCAGGAGACACCAGCCACCCCGCCUCUGAGCCCCACGGCAGGGACCGCGUGGAUGCCACGGCCCCCGGCCCGAAGCCCACUGCCGACCCAUCGGAGGAGGAGGGGCCCGGGCCCCUGGGGAGGCGUUCUUCCUGGUACACCGACGCCAGUGAUUUCCUGGCCGCAGAGGCCCCCCAGGCCCCCCAGCCCUCUGCGGGGGCCUGGCCGGUGGUGCUGGGAGGGGCUCAGGCCCUAAAGCCUCUCAGGCUCUCUGGUGACAAGCCCCCUGGGGCCACGGGGUCGAGCCAAGAUGCUGAAGACCCCGCAGGCCCUCGGGACGCCUGCCUGGCCGAGGCCGACAGCACCGUCCGCAGGCCGGAGGCUACAGGCCCGCGUGGCCACGGUGCCACAGGCCCCGGCGUGGCUGGGGACGGGGACGGGGACCAGGAGGACACAGCCCCGGAUUCUGCACUGGACACGUCCUUGGACAGGUCCUUCUCAGAGGACGCAGCGAUGGAUUCCUCAGGGUCCGGCACCCUCCCCAGGACCCGGGAGCGAGCCUCAAAGGGGACGGGCAAGCGAAGGAAGAAGCGCCCCUCAAGGAACCAGGAAGGCCUCGGCCGUAAGCCCAAAGCCAAGUGAGCGUGCCCGCUGCCGGCCUCCACACAGCCGUGGGCCGCCAGACGUGUGGUUGAGCGGGGCUCCUCCGGGGCCAGGCUGGGACUGGGCCCCUGGGAAACCAAAACUCUGUGCCUUACCCUCCGGGGCCGUGGGCCUCCCGGAGCUUCCUGGGGCGUUCUGGCCGAGACCCCAGCAGGCACCAGAGCCCAGCCCCCCGCACGCCCCAGCCCCCUCGUGGUCCGCUUGCCGAAUGCCGAUGCCCACGCCCACGCCGGCGCCCGCAUGCUCCCCAGCACCUGCCCGCAGGGGUGAGGGGCAGUGGCUGUGUCCCCAGGGCACCUUGAAGCUUGCGCCCUGCCCUCCGGCCACCUGGUGCCCAGAUGCUUCUGGAGACAGGCCCUCGCGGACCUCUCCCUGCAGAGCCGUGGGAGCCCCCGCCCGCUGCCUCCUUACCGAGCCUCAGUCCCUCGCUCCCCGCUCUGCCCCCCAACCUGCUUCGCCAGGCGGGAGCAGAGAGUGGUUUUUCACUGAGAUAGGGUUGUUCAUGCAUUCCUGCUGUCCUGCGGUAGCUGAGUUGGGUACAGGUGGGUGGGAGGACCCUGGGGCCUUGGGUAGGGGCAGGCUGGCCAGCAUUGCCACAGAUACGCCGUGGUCCCCCUACUCGGCAGACAGGAUCCACACCGGGCACGCCCAGCCCUGGGGGCGGGAGGGCAUCUGUUCUCACUGCCCCCGCCAGGCCCUCGCCACCCUGUCGACAGUGACCCAGCCUGCAGCCGCCGCUGCCUCCGGCGGGGUCGGGCGCGCCCCCCGCCGGGCCGAGAGGAGACCCAGGGCCCACCCCGGGAGGGCCAGCCUGCCUGCGCCCCCACACCCGCCCCAGGUGUGCCCUGCCACCCAGGCUGGCAUCUGGAGAGCCUCAGACCAAUAAACAAUAAAGAGCAGAGCCAGCCCA